GCGGGGGCUGGGGUACCGAUCGGCGUAUUCCACGUUGGAUGUAUUCCAGUUAGCCGCUGGCGGGGGUGAGCCUCGCACAGUAGAGUAGCCCUUUACGGGCAACAGUUCAUUGAGCUGACUAUUAUUGCACGAGAGCAUCCUAGCGUACAUUUCUUCCUUUCCAUCUUUUUUGUCUUCAACCACUGAACUUCUUCUUACUCCUAUACCACCGUCCCUGAACGUUUGGUCGUCGCAUCGAUGCUUUAUGGCCGCCCCCGCCUAAAUACAUCAUGCUGGACGUGUCAACGGUUCGUGAAAGUCUCGCUCAAGUCUCGCAGGAUACACGUGUGGCUAUGCGAUGCUUGAACGGUGGUAAAGACUCUCAUGAUUCUUCUCUCCGGGCUCUCUCAUUGCUGGUCGACAUUUCGGACCUUCUUUAUCGGAUAAAAGACGAGAUCAGCUGGUCAGAGGAGAAAUGGUUCGUGGCGAUGGGUCGCCUCAGGGCCCUUGGGGAGCUGCUCGGGUGGUUUCGGUCGAACAUGAAAUCAAUCGAGCAUUACUUCCAGCCAGGCGGGGUUGGGGUUUUCUACUUCAGGAAACAUCUCCUAGAGCAGACCUACAUCCCCAAGUUGGAACAGUUCAAAAUUAUGUUUCUGCUGGCCCUCCAGCCCGAUUCAGAGGAGAGAUCACGUCUAGAUAAUGAUAUUAGAAAUCAGUUAAGGAAACAUCGUGAUGUCGAGGAUGCCAAUCUCAACGCUGACUUACAACUCGAGGAGGAAACCCUUAGCAUGGUGGGCCGGCGUUGCUCUGAACACGUUAUCGCUUUGGCAGACCUUUGUAAUCGACGGCAAAAGGGAUCGUGCGCUUGGAUUUUUGAAAACUCGCAUUUUAAACGGUGGCUUCUUGGAUCUAUGAGAACGCUUUACUGUGUUGGCCCAGCUGGCGUGGGCAAAACAUUUCUAUCCUCCGUCAUUAUUGACUUCCUGCAAAGGACUUUUGCUUCUCCCGACGUUGCAACAAUUUUUGUCUUCUGCCAGGAAGAAAAUGGCAAAGAGCGAACCUCACUAGAUAUCUUGAAAGAUAUAUUGGCGCAGCUAGUCUAUCGCAAGCGAAGCUCGUCCUACGUCACGUCAUCUCUCUAUCAGUCAGAGGCACUGAUUGAGGGCAGUGCUUCCCCUAAAGCCUACCAAAAUGCGAUUCGGGCAGAAGUCAACCGUUUCUCCAAGGUCUUAUUCAUCAUCGACGGCCUGGACAUGCUGUCCGAUAAGGAUCGCCUUUUGGGUCGGCUCCAGAAGCUUCCAGAGCAGGCCCAACUUUUGAUCACUCUUCGAGAAAUGAGCGAUACGAAACCAUCAAACAACUUAGGCUACGUGAGUGUCAUUGCUCCACCAGAGGAUAUUGGCCUCUAUACACUUGAAAGAACACGCACAGACCAUGGCCUUCGUUUCGUUUUGGGGGUGAAUUCUCCCGAUCUUGGCUUAGAGGACAACAUUGUCCAUUCAGUAGUUCAAAAGUCCUACGGGAUUUUUCUCCUUGCAAAACUCCAUCUUGAUCUUCUAUCGCAAUACACGGACCGGAGUCUUCUCGAACGAGCUCUAAUGCACCUCCCUGGAAGUUUGAGUGAAGCUUACGGAGAAGCCAUGAAACAGGUUAUUAGCAGAAGCUCAAUUGCAAACCGCUACAUCUAUUGGACUCUUUAUGCCCUCAGGCCUCUUUCUGUUGCUGAACUCAGGGGUGCUAUCGGUGCGUGUGAAGCGGUGGAGCAUCAAGAGUCACCUUCUUUUGAGCAUUCACUUCAAGCGCAGAGCGCCGGGCUCCUGACUGUUGAUGGGGUGUCUGGAACUGUACGCUUCGUUCAUAGAACAGCGAAGGAGUAUCUAGCAGGCUCUGCUUCUCGUGUCUUCUUUCCUGGAGCGCAAAAGGAUAUAGCCGAGGCUUGCUUGACAGUCAUUACCCCUGAUGAUGUGGUUGACGAGUGUUAUAUCAACUGCACUGGUACAUAUCGAGCGUCAAAGAAAGGUUUCCUCGAUUAUGCAGCCACAUACUGGGGCUAUCAUGCCAAAGAGGUCGCAGAUGAAGAACAGACAAUACAGGUCUUGAUCAAAACAUUUCUGAACAAGCUUUUGUGGAGACGACCACCCCUUGACUGUGACAUGGGACAGCAUACAAGCAUACCCUCACGGCUGGGCAUUGGACGAUACCCACCCGACUGGAGCGGUCUACAUUUGCUUUCGUUCUUUGGAAUUGUUGGUAAAGCAAGGCGCCUUCUAGAACAGGGUGCUGACAUCAACAGUCACCACAACUCCCUUUCCAUAGCUCCUUUGCACUGCGCAGCUUACCAAGGGAAUGAUGAAAUGGUUGAUUUUCUUUUAGAGAGCGGAGCCGAUCGCAACGCAGCCACCAAAUAUGGACAGACGGCGUUACACCUAGCGACCCAGAACGGCCAUCGAAAAUCCAUGCGAAGCCUCUGUUUAAGACGUGUGGACACUCAAAUUGCGGAUAAAAACGGAGCAACUAGCCUUCACAUCGCUGUGGGAACAGCCACCGAUGAAGCGACGGUUCCACUUCUGGUCAAAAACAAAGCGGACGUGAACCUCCCAAACACCAAGACUGGAAACACUGCUCUACAUCUUGCAGUGGAAUGGAGGCGGCCUCGGAUUAUCCUAUUUCUUCUGGAGAAAGGCGCAGCCAUUGACGUCGCUAACAAUGAUGGGCUCACACCGCUCCAACUGGCGGCGACACUUGACAAUUGUGAGGCAAUCACUUUACUAUUACAACAAUGCGCUCAAGUAGAGGCUCGCUCUUUAGCUGGCCCAACUGCUCUGCAGUAUGCUGCGUGGAAGGGAAAUUGGGUCGCCUUUGACCUCCUUCUCAUUGGCGGAGCGGAUAUCAAUACAUGGAAUAAACAAGGCGAGACCCUACUCCAUGAGCAGGCUCGAUACGGCUCAACGAUUUCUAUUGCUUCAAAGUUAUUAGACCAAGGAGCAAACAUCGAGGCUCGUACGUCACAGGGCUACACGCCCAUUCAAUGUGCCGCGAUGAUGGGUAACAAGACCAUGUUCCAGUUCCUACUAAAGAAAGGUGCCAAAGCAGAUGUUGAGACCGCAAAGGGGGAGACACUUCUCCAUAUUACUCCGCCCGCCAAUCAAGACUGUCUGGACAUACUGAAGGCUGUUUUGAACGAAGGCGUCAAUGUCAAGGCAACUUCAGGUUCAGGCUGGACAGCCCUUCACCAGACUGUCUAUACUGGGACAGGCUCCCCUGAUCUCACAUCUGAUAAAACGGCAGAAUACAUCCAACUGCUUCUGAACCGAGGGGUUUCGAUAAAUGACCGUUCCAUCUCAUCUUUAGCCCAAACACCUCUUCAUCUCGCAGCCAUUGCUCCGAUUCCCAGACCGACCCUCGUUGAAUUGCUCAUAAAGCGAGGCGCUGAUGUCAAUUCGGUCACUGGAGAUGGAAAAACUGCCAUUCAUCUCGCUGCAGAGCGUGGGCGAGAGUCAAUUUUGCGCCUUCUACUGGAGGCCGGUGCUGAUCUUUCGAUAAAAGUCCCGACCGAUAAAUUUUCCGAAAAAGCAGACAAGGAAACCCCAAUAACCGCGAUCGACUUAGCAAAACAAAGACCAUUCGCCGUCCUCCUCUUUGACGAAGAUGGAAAAUUGCACCCAAGAUCAUCAAGAAGCCGCCCAAGCAGCUCGUCAACCAUAAUUGACGACUUAGAAUCGGACAUGUACGAGUCAGAAACGGGAGAGUCGACGUUGGUAGGGAGUGAGCAGCAUUACAUUGUGGUUUGAGAAGUAUGUCAAGCGUUGUAUUAGGGAGUUUUUGGGCAUUUUACAGGCGACGAUACCCAGCCCUGUGAGUAUGACUCUGGGGAGUAUUGCGUGAUUUACAGCUUCUUGUUCUUGGUUUUACCUGUUCUCCACAUGGUGUUAUUAGGAGAAUUUCCGUUCUUUUAUCUUCGAUUAGCGGGUGUUCUUAUUACUGGUCUAGGCCACAAGUCUGCGGAGGAGAAUGACGGGGCUCGCUAGCUUUGUAUUCAUGCUUCACGGCACCAAAAUGAGUGCCAAAAUGUUGGUUACUCAAAUCGAUCAAGCCUAAUUUGUUCAUCCCAUCAUCCGCACAACAACAUAAGCCCAUCCGUCUCCAUAGGCCGAGCACCUGACAACCUCUUCGAUAGGGGCAGACAUAGGAAGCACGGCACCAUGUAACACCGGCUUUGCAAGAACAGGAGUUCUCCGACUGGGGAAGAGAUUUGGAAGCAACGUAUGCAAGACUGCCCCUAUGGUCUGGGGUUGCAUACCUGGGCUCGAUCGGGGACUGAUGGAUUGGCCGGGCUGGAUACCCGGAGAAGGAAUGGAAGGAGGAAGAGGAGACUGUACUACUUUGAGUGACCCGGACUCUUCAUCGGGUGGCAGCGGUAAGAAGAUACGAAUAGGCACGUUGCGGAAUGGUUGCGAUAGAGGAGGUAAAAGAAUGUGAGAAAUACGCUGGAAAGAUGGAAG